AACAGAUAAAUAUUAAAUGGCGAAAAAAAAAUUGUGAUUUCCAAAGGUCACUCGUUUGCGAUGAUUAAAGUUAUAUCAACAUUGAUAUAUGUUUCUUCAUAUAUAAACGUGACUUGAAUUGAAGCAAAUCAGUUGAACGUUUCUGACCAACAAUGAAAAACAGCAACAGGUUUUUAGAUUAUUUCCAGGGAAAGUGCAUUUUCAUAACGGGAUGCACAGGUUGCGUAGGAUUAGCUCUUGUGGAGAAACUCCUAAGAUCAUUUCCUCAAGUGCAUAAAAUUUGUUUACUAAUUAGACCAAAACGGUCCAAAAAUGUGUCAACAAGAAUAUUAAAUUAUUUUGAUAAUCCAAUAUUUUCGGUGAUGAAAGAAAUGCACAAGGAUUAUUUAGAAAAAAUCAUUUGGAUGGAUGGUGACAUAGUGAAACCGAAUCUCGGAUUAAGCCAGGAAAAUCUUGAUUAUAUUUACAAUAACGUAAAUAUUUUCUAUCACAGUGCAGCUUCAGUUAAAUUGGUGGACAACUUGAAGAAUAGUAUUAUAAACAAUAUUUAUGGUACUGAAAUGGUUUAUAGCGUUGCUGAAGCUUGCAAGAAAAUUGAGUGUUUUAUGCAUGUAUCUACGAUCUUUUGCAGUCAUGGUUUUUCUCGGUCAGUAUUGAAAGAGCAAAUCCCGCAAAAUCCAGUAAAUCCAGAUCGUUUACUCGAGAUGGCUAAGAGUAUGAGCAUUAAUGAACUUGAAGAAAAUUGUAAAGAAUCUAAAAAUUGGUCAAACAAUUACGUUUUCACCAAAAACGCUACAGAAAAUCAUCUUGGCAAUAAGAAAGAUAAUAUAAAAAUAGGAAUUGUCAGAGUCGGUUGCGUGAUGGAAAGCUAUAAGGAACCGUAUCCUUCCUGGUUGAUAAAUGAAAAUGUGUUUAAUGUAAUUUUGAAAAAUGUUCUAAACGGAAUAGCUUUCAACAUAAAAGGAAAUGCUAGCGCCUAUUGCACUCCAAUAGAUUUAUGUAUAAAUGCUUUAAUAGCCUCAACAUACGACACUACGCAUUAUACAGAAAAUCUUAAAGUUUAUAACGUAGCAACAAAUCGACCUACUAUCAAUGAAAUAUACAAAAUAUUUGUUAAAGAAAACGUGAAGGAUCCUUGGUUGAUCUUUGGUAGUUUGAAGUAUAGGUUUCUGUGUCACCUGAAGGAUUUGGUUCUUGAGAUGAGUGGAAAACGCGGGAUUUUCGUUAGGGAAAUGGAGAAAAUGGAUAAAUUUGUAGAGAUUGCACGAGAUGGCUUAUGUGACGAGUUAUAUUGUCAUACAGAAAAUUUGGAUGAACUUUGGAAAAAUCUCAAUGAGAGUGAAAGAGAAUUGCUGUUUUUUAAUUUAAAUGACAUUGAUUUUGAGAAAUAUGUGAAAAGUUGGUUCAAAAUGGAAAAAAAAUAUAAUCCUUUGGAUCCAACUUCCACAAUGUUACAUUUAGCAAAACUGUAAUAUAAUUAAAUAAUUUCUUGUUUCUUUAUUUUUAAUAAGAUAUUAUAAUUUGAUAAUCAAUCUGGGAUAA